AUGAUCAUCUCAACCGUACAUCUCAAGUUGUCAACCAAGUUGUCAACAAGGGUGGACGUCAAGCCUUCCCCGGUUGUCGCAGCCUUCAGCUCUAGGGGACCAAACAUUGUCACCCCCGAAAUCCUAAAACCGGACCUCAUUGCGCCCGGGGUCAACAUCCUAGCUGCGUGGACAGAUGCAAAGGGUCCCACGGGCUUAGACAUCGACAAACGAAAAGUCCUAUUCAACAUAAUCUCUGGCACGUCCAUGCCGUGCCCCCACGUCAGCGGCCUCGCGGCCCUGGUAAAGGCAGCCCACCCUCAAUGGAGACUUGCCGCGAUUCGUUCAGCUCUCAUGACCACCGCUUACUCGACUUACGAGGACGAGAGCCCGUUGCUGGAUCUAGCCACCGGCAGCGCCUCCAACCCGUUCGAUCAUGGGAAAACAACCAAAUUCCGUUGCGAUCCUGGGAAAUUGUACAGCGUCAACGACCUCAAUUAUCCUUCCUUUGCAGCCACCAUUCCCUCAUCUGCAAAUUGUAAAACCACAGUGGUUUUUAGGAGGACACUCACCAACGUGGGAGAAAAUGGGUUGACAUACCGAGUCUCGAUAUCUUCACCGAGACGGGCGGCCAUGAUUUCUGUUACUCCAAAAACAUUGGUUUUCCGACAAAAAAAUGAAGUGAAGGCUUACAUGCUGAAGGUGGUAGCAGCCCAUAUGUGGCUCGGUACAAACGCGUUCGGCAGAAUCGAGUGGUCGGAUGGGAAUAAUGUGGUGGCGAGUCCAGUUGCUGAUAGUUGGAUCAACGCUACUCAGGAUUAG